AUGGAACCUGGGGACCCCGAGACCCCCGAGGAUGGGGAUGCAGAGGAGGAUACAGCCACGACCCUCCAGCGCUUCGUGGAGCUGACAGCCAGCAGGGUGACCCCGGUGCGGAGGCUGCGUGUCCCGUAUCAACUCAUCCGCGAGCUGGGCUCUGGCUCCUACGGCCGGGUGCUCCUCGCCCGGCCUCGCCAAGGGGGUCCACGGGUAGCUCUGAAGGUCCUGCCUCGGGACUCGGUCCCCAGAACCACCUUCCUCAGAGAGUUCUGCGUGGGCCGCUGUGUCUCCUCACACCCAGGCCUGCUGCAGACCCUGCCGGGCCCCCUGGAGACGGCCCGGUAUUUUGCCUUCGCGCAGGAGUACGCACCCUGCGGGGACCUCAGCGGCAUGCUCCAGGAGCGGGGUCUCCCAGAGCUGCUGGUGAAGCGCGUGGCAGCCCAGCUGGCUGUAGCCCUGGACUUCCUCCAUGGCCGAGGCCUGGUCCAUGCAGAUGUCAAGCCUGACAACGUCUUGAUCUUCGAUCCCCAGUGCAGCCGUGUGGCCCUGGGCGACUUGGGUCUGACGCGGCCAGAGGGCAGCCCAGCCCCGGCCCCGCCAGUGCCACUGCCCUCGGCCCCACCUGAGCUCUGCCUUCUCCUGCCACCCGACAGCCUGCCGCUGCGGCCAGCCCUGGACUCCUGGGGCCUGGGCGUGCUGCUCUUCUGCGCCUCCACAGCCUGCUUCCCCUGGGACGUGGCGCUGGCCCCUGACCCCGAGUUCGAGACCUUCGCUGGCUGGGUGACCACCAGGCCCCAGCCACCUCUGCCUCCAGCACCCUGGAACCAGUUUGCACCCCCAGCUCUCGUGUUGCUCAGGGGGCUUCUGGACCUGGAUCCCGACACAAGAAGCCCCCCACUGGCUGUCCUGGACUUCCUGGGGGAUGACUGGGGGCUGGAGGGCAAUGGAGAGGGGCCUGAGGGCCUGGGGAGUCUGUCCAGUGAGGAAGGGGGUGAGGAAGAGGGAGAAUCAAGCUUGGAGGAGUGGACAGACGGGGAAGACAGCAAAAGUGACGGGGGGAGGGACACUGAUGGGGAAGCUCCGUGA